UCCAGCAAGCCAGAGAGGGUGGUGAGGUUUCAUUCCUUUUUGUUUCCCUUUUUUAAAUUUUGCCGUUGCUUCCAUCAUAAUAUUAAUAUAUUUUUUUUUUGUUUCUCGCUCGCUCACUUUCUCUCGCUUUCUUACUGUCCAAACAGUUUUAUGCUCUCUCUGCUUUCGCUCUUUCUAUGUCUCUUGCUUUCACUCUUUCUAUCUCUAAACACCCUCGCACUUCCUUUUCUCUCACACUUACUCACUGAAAUAAUAUGAGCAGAGUGCGCGUUGCAUUUCACCACCGGUUAUGAAUCCCACCACCGAACCAUCACAACUUCAGCCGCCGCAGCCACCACAGCCCCACCGUCCUUCCACCUCCUGCGAUCGUCAUCCAGACGAACAUUUCACCGGCUUCUGCCCCUCAUGCCUCUGCGAGCGCCUCGCCGUGCUCGAGCCCUCUUCAUCCUCCGCUUCCUCUUCCCGCAAACCCCCCAUUCCUACCACCAGCACCGCCACCGCUGCCCUUAAAGCCAUUUUUAAGCCUUCCGGUGGUACUGGCAGCUCUAAGCCUUCCUUUUUCCCUGAGCUCCGCCGCACCAAGUCUUUCUCUGCCUCCAAAAACGAGGGCUUUUCUGGAGUGUUUGAGCCCCAGAGAAAAUCCUGCGACGUUAGGGUUCGCAGCACUCUCUGUUCCCUCUUUUAUCAAGACGACGAGCGAAAUACUUCUAAAAGGGACUCCUUCAAAGAUCCUGAAAUCGAGUUUGAGUCCAGAAUUUCUUCCUCCAGCGUUCGAGGUCCCGUUUUUGAGUCUAAAGAAGAGGACGAAAUCGAAACCGACACCGAUAAUGAGAGUGGAGUUUUAGACGAGCCCAUUUUAACUGCAAGAAACUCCAACGCUAACCCAAUUGAAGAGAUUAUACAGGAAGAGGAAGCUAUUGUUAUAGAGCCAGAGAAAGUGCAAGAGGAGGAGCUCAAGCCCAUGAAGGACCACAUAGAUCUCGAUUCACAAACCAAGAAGCCUUCUGGGAGGGAUUUUAAAGAGAUUGCAGGUAGUUUUUGGUCUGCUGCUUCAGUUUUCAGCAAGAAAUUGCAGAAAUGGAGGCAAAAGCAGAAGCUCAAAAAGCGGAGGAAUGGUGGGCCAGGGUCGGCCACAUUGCCGGUGGAGAAGCCGAUUGGCCGGCAGUACAGGGAGACCCAGUCGGAAAUUGCGGAUUACGGGUUCGGCAGAAGAUCUUGCGACACGGAUCCGAGAUUCUCGCUCGAUGCAGGCAGGAUUUCGUUCGAAGAUCCUCGCUACUCCUUUGAUGAGCCCCGUGCUUCGUGGGAUGGGUAUUUGAUUGGAAGAACGUUUCCGAGAAUGCCCACCAUGGUUUCUGUGGUUGAGGAUGCUCCUGUUAAUGUUGUUUUAAGGUCAGAUACUCAAAUCCCAGUCGAAGAACCACAGCCAAUUCCCAUGAAUUCCAUCCACGAGGAUGAGACUGUUCCUGGUGGCUCUGCUCAAACUAGGGACUAUUAUUCUGAUUCUUCGUCUAGGAGGAGGAGGAGCCUUGACAGGUCUAACUCUAUUAGGAAAACUGCUGCUGCUGUGGUGGCUGAGAUUGACGAGUUGAAGUCUGCUUCUGCUUCCAAUGCCAAAGUGUCACCAGCAAAUGUGGAUUACUUCCAUGGACCCAAGGUGGUGGUUCCUGACAGGGACUCAAACUCCAAUUCUUUAAGGGACGACUGCUCUGAGACUUUUGAAAUGGGAUUCGGGGACCAGGCAUCAAUAGUGGGGAAUGGUGAAAGGAAGGGGGCCAAGAAGUCCCGGAGAUGGAGUAAGGCCUGGAACUUUUGGGGGUUUAUAUACCGGCGAAGUGUCAACAAAGAUGAGGACGAGGAUAGGUAUAGCAGAGCAAAUGGGGUUGAGAGGUCAUUUUCAGAGUCUUGGCAAGAGCUGAGAGAAGAACGGAAUGGAGAAGUGAGAGGAGCUUUUAAUCCAAAACUUCUGAGGAGCAAUAGCAGUGUUAGUUGGAGGAAUUCCAAUGGUUUGGGUGGUGGAUCAUUUGGUAGUGCAAGAAAGAGCAGUGUUGAGACAAAUGGGCAUGGAAGAAAGAAGAGAGAUGAGUUUGUGUUGGAGAGGAAUAGAAGUGCAAGGUAUUCACCAAACAACAUUGAUAAUGGACUGUUAAGGUUCUACUUGACACCGAUGAGAAGUAGCUGGAGAGGUGGGUGGGGGAAGAGCAAGUCCACUCAUGCACAGUCUAUUGCAAGGAGCGUAUUGCGAUUGUACUGAAUUGAAUUGGAUGGGAGGUCCCUAAAGAACAGGCUAGGACAUAGAGACCAUGUGUGCUUGGCUUUGGAUUCAAUUGGAUUCAAUUGGGCUUUGGAUUCAAUUGGGGUUUCUAUUUUUGUUCUUGUCCUACUGCAUAGAAUUUGCUGAUAGCCUAUAGGUCAAGGCUGCAAGGUUCUCUCGGAGCAUUUUAACCCAAACGAUUGUCAUAUUCUAUAUCCUUUGGGACAAAAAGGAGUCUUGAUGUGAGCUUAUGUCCCCUUUGUUAUUGGUCCCAAAUUAAUGGUCACAGUAGAGGUUUUCCUUCUUCGAGGUUCAGUGGUCAGUCUGACCCUCUUGCGAGACCAUGAGGUUGGUUUGGUCCUUGGCGUUGCUAGGGAAGACCACUUGCAUCUAUCAUUGGGUGAUUUCUACUGUUUAACCUGGGGAAUAGGGAAUAAUAGGUUAAUAAUGGAGACAGAAUAUUAUUGUCAUCCUAUUGUACCUUAUUUGAUGUUCUCUUUCCUCCAAUUGCUUUUUCUUGAGCUUUCAAGAAUUGGAGAUCAAAUUUCAGUGGUUCUAGUAAUUAAAGUAGUUGCCUGAUUAAUCAGGUAACAGGAAGGAAGCAAUGCCUAUACCUGCAGGUGCAGAACAGGAAUAUGGUAGAGCCAGAGACCUGCAGACUGCACUGAAUACAUCAGACUUAGACAUAUACUUUUGGUGUCGAUAUUUGCUGAACAAAGAAAGAAAUAAUAGCUCCAUAAGCUACUGAUGUAGAAGAUGAAAUGCUUUUGUGCAGAAAUCAUAGUUCAGAAUGAUUAAGAUCCUCUUUGUUCUAGUGUAGCGUGCUAUGAUCUCGUGUAAUAUAUUCCCUUCCUCUGUUUCAAAAAUCAUUUGCUCGUGGACACAAUGAGAACUCUCUACUUAUCGUUA